UAAAGGAAGGCAGGGUCUGCAAAUAAAAAAAAUGGGUGACAAGGAAAAACUUAUUUUAGACGAACCCAUCGAGGAAGGAGUCAAAUCAUACUCCAGGAAACAUGGAAGACAACACAAAGGAUACUUUCAACUACCCUGGUACUUUGCUGGUGGCAUUGUCCUGUUCUGGGCGCUGCUCUUCAUUGCCGUGGUGAAGCCGCUUUUUUACCGACUUCCCGAACCGCUGACCGUGGAGGAUGCCCCCAAAGGAGGCUUCAUUGCCGAAAGGGCGCAGGCCAAUCUUUAAGAUUUCGAGGCUAUUGGCACCAAAGUGGUUGGAAGUGAUGAAAACGAGCACAAGACCGUACAGUUCCUGCUAAAGGAAUUAAAUCUGAUAAAGGAUAAUAUUCAAGAGGAUCUGUUUGAUAUGGAAAUUGAUUUGCAGCUGGUCUACGGUGCGUAUGUGAAAUGGAAUCUGGUCAACAUGUACCAAGGCAUUCAGAACGUGGUGGUUAAGCUGACGCCCAAGGGCACCACCAGUGAAAACUACAUCCUGGUGAACAGCCACUUCGACUCCCAGCCCACUAGUCCCUCCACCGGAGACGAUGGUCACAUGGUGGUCUCCAUAUUGGAGGUGCUCCGAGUGAUUUCAUCAACGAGAAAAUCAUUCGAGCACCCCAUUGUUUUCUUAAUCAAUGGAUGAGAAAAUUCGCUGCAGGCAUCUCACGGAUUCAUUGCUUACCACAAAUGGGCUAAGAAUUGCAAGGCGGUCAUUAAUCUGGAUGCAGCUGGCAGUGGAGGUCGCGAACUAAUGUUCCAAUCUGGCCCAAAUUAUCCAUGGUUGGUUAAGAUAUAUAAGGAUGGCGCCAAGCAUUAUUUCUCCACCACCAUGGCUGAGGAAAUCUUCCAAACUGGACUUGUUCCAUCUUACACUGAUUUUGAUAUUUUCGUUGAAUACGGAAACCUUAUUGGUCUGGACAUUGGCCAGUGCAUCAAUGGAUUCGUCUAUCAUACCAAGUAUGAUCGCAUCGAUGUGAUUCCACGAGCAGCUCUGCGGAACACAGGAGACAAUCUUCUCGGUUUGGUUCAAACUCUAUCCAAUGCCAGCGAACUGCGUGAUCUCAGCGCGAAUCCGACUGGCAACACCAUAUUUUUCGAUGUCCUGGGAUUGUAUCUGAUCAGCUUUUCCUCCGAUGUCGGUGUGAAGCUAAAUUAUGCCGCGGCUGCUGCAGCAAUAAUCCUGAUCUAUAUCUCCUUGCUGCGCAUAGCGGAAAAAUCAAGUGUCAGCUCCGAACAGAUCCUGAGCACCUUCAUCCUGGUUCUUGUGUGUCUUACAUGGACGAUGGCAUUCUACGUAAUCCCAUUGGCCUUCAAUCUUCUGACCACACUGCAUGAUCGUGGCUAUUCCACGACUGGUAUAUUGAAAAUUGUCCAGGUUGCCCCGUUCAUGUACAACAGCUAUCUCUUCUACUGCUUCAUUGUGAUACUCACGCCAAUGAUGGGUCGUUUUGGAGUGGACACCAAUCCUGACUUGAUCAUCGGAGCUUUGACUGCCCUGGGUACCAUAUUGUCCAUGGGAUUUUUGAUUUUACUGGUCAAUAUGUUCCGAUGAUCCGGAUUCGUUUUGAUCGGUCUGUUGGCCGUAACUGCCGCCGGUGUGUAUAUUGCCAGCUCCACCGACAUUGGAUUCCCCUACCGCCCCAAAACCAACGUACAGCGAGUGCCCUACCUGCAAGUGCGCCGCGUUUUCUACGAGUAUGAUGGAACAGUGAGCAAGGAUGAGAGUGGAUAUCUGUUUAACGUGCAGGACCGUCGCGGACUUACUCCGUUGCUAAAGUCCAAUAUGGAUCUCACUGGUCUGGUCAACAUGACAUCCGAUUGUGCCAAGUACAUGAUGUGCGGCAUGCCACUGUACGAUCACCGAUGGGUGGAGGUCAUGGAGACUACCAUGUGGCUGCCGAAUCCCGUUUGGACACCAGCUGAAAAGCAACUUAACAAAACUGUUCUGGCGGAUGGCAAGUCUGUUCAAAUGGAGUUUGAACUGGAGACCUCGGAUCACACCAGAAUUUUCAUUGAUCCCAACGAGGAUGUGAUCAUCUCCGACUGGUCCUUCCUCAAGGAAUACCUAACAACCAAUUCACCUCCGUACCACAUCUACUACUCCUUCGGUAUCGAUAAUACUCCGCUGCGCUUCCGCAUCGUUCUUAAGAAAGCAGAUGGCGACUUCACUGUCCCACUUUUCCAGAUGGGAAUCUCGACGCACUACAUGCACGUGAAAGGCGAUGAUGAGUCUAUCAGGUUUGCCAACUCCAUUCCCGACUUUGCUGUCAGUAUUCAGUGGCCAGCUAUGUAUAAGAAGUACAUAUUUUAA